CCCACAUCUCUCCCAGAAUGCCAGAAAACCAUCCCGGGUUUGGCGGUCGGAUGACAUAAGCGCAACAGGGCCGACGGUCCGGAAAAACUCGCGACAGGAACUUCGCCUUGACAAGCUUCAGUAUCCCAGUCCGCAUUGCCAGCCAUUGACUGUCGAUACCCUCCAAACCGGUCGCUCGGAAUCCGGCUUCGAUCCUUCUUCUUUCACUAAUUCUGUUUGAUUGCCGCUCCGGAGGCCCAGGGUCUUCUUAUCACACACAAAAUGGCUUCUCAGGGUGUCAACGUUCUGCGCUACUCGGCUCUUAUUACCGGUCUCGUCUACGGUUUUUACCACCAGUCCUCCCUCACCUCCGCCGCCAAGCACGCAGAGGCCGAGCGUGAAUAUGCCCGCCAGGAGCGCCUGAUCGAGCAGGCCAAGGCUGAAUGGAAGAAGAAGACGGCGCCCAAGGACUCUAAGACGAACAACGGAGUGAUCACGGACCCCGAGGACAGCCGGUUUGACCUUGAGGCUUUCCUGAAGCUGAAGGCUGGCGAGAACUAAACAUGUUUGGAAGUAUACAGCGAGAAGAUGAUUUGCUUUUAUCUCCCAAUCGAUCAUAACCUGACAAGGUAUCGAGGCGAGAUUUCGGGAUGAUCCCGGUUAUGUAUUAUUGUUUGUUGGUCUAAUUUCCCAGAGUCGUGUCAUUGCGAGCGAAAGGAAUGAUUUUCUUUUUUCCACUAUAGACAUCAUCCCCGCAUCUGUACAUACCCUGGGCUGUCGUGCAUGUGUACACUACAGUUGGGCCAGAAGAGCAAGAGAUUCAGUUGUAUGCUUCGGUUUCAUUGCUGAUCCUUCCGUACUGUGUGUGUACCCCUGCAUAGCUUCAUGCCCUUGCGCGUGGUGCCGCUCUGGGGCCGUUCA